AUUGUUCGGGUGUAAAUGUACUUUCGUCCGAUCCGACUUCUUGUUCCAAAUUUUAUUCUUGCACCGCCAACAGAUUGGCCAUCAGGAUGUCGUGCGGAGCCGGAACUUACUUCAAUCCGAUUUUGCUCAUUUGCGACUGGCCGGACAAUGUCGAUUGCGAAGUCCACCACGCACCAGGACAGGAUAAAAGUUUUGUCAAAGAAGUCAACAGUGAAAGAUUUAGACCAGACAGUGCUGGACAAUUGAGAGGACCUCCGGGCAUUUAUGGCGAAAAUUUUGAACAAGGAAUAGAGGAACCUGAAUUUCGCCGAGGAAUCUCAUCGCCAUCAGAUGCCCGACACCUUGGAGUAGGCCUACAUUUGAAUUUAUUAUCUUUAUUGAAAGGACCAGCAGGUCCGCCUGGUCCUCCUGGUCCGCCAGGGCCAGCAGCAUCUUCAUGCUGCACUCCAUCCACUCCAUCCACAACUCCAUCAUCAUCUGCAUCCACAACUCCAUCAUCAUCCACAUCCACAACUCCAGCCGUACCUUUUUUUAUGGGCUAA